GACCACUACUUGAUCAAUCCUCGCUAGCUCGUCCCACUUCUUUGUUGCCUCCUCCUCUAUCUCCUCCCUUCCCCUAUCCCUUAGCUAUAGUACUGGUCCUAUAGACCUCCCUGAUCCCUCCCUCUCUCUCUCUCUCUCUCUCUCUCUCUCUCUCUCUCUCUCUCUCUCUCUCUUCUACAUGAGCCAAGUUUACAGUAUCCCUCGGGAAGAGGGAGAUCAAGGUCGAGUUCAUGGUCUCCCCACUCUCACCCUAGUUAAUGAUACUUCACUAUCAUAUAGCUUUUUCAUGAACACUUCCCAAGAUCAUGUAGCAAACAAUGGAGCUCACCACUUCAGUCAACAAGUACACCAAAAGGAGCCUAAUGAACAGUUCUUGUUCAUCCGAUCAACCGAUCAUCCGGUAUCAUUUCCGGCUAACAAGGAUCAAGUACAGUUGCACGAUCGGUACGCUACCGAGAAAGAUGAUCCCAAUGGCACGACCAAGUGGAUGCCGUCGAAGAUGCGAUUUAUUAAGAAGAUGAUGAAUUCCGAUCAUAUGGUUACAAAUAAACCUAGAAGAAUUGCGCAGGGAGUACUUCAAGAUCAAACCGAGGUCAAUCAAGAAGGCGCCACGAGCAACCACACCCAUAAUUCUCUGAAUGGUAUAAUCCGCGUUUGCUCCGAUUGCAACACAACCAAGACUCCUUUGUGGAGGAGCGGCCCUCGCGGACCCAAGUCACUCUGUAAUGCUUGUGGUAUAAGACAAAGGAAGGCGAGACGAGCGGCGAUGGCUGCGGCAGCGGCUGCUGCAAAUGGUGGAUUGAUCCCUAACGAAGUGCACACGAAGGCGCGAAAAGAGAAGCGGCCGAGCGAUGAUCGCACUGUGCCAUUUAAGAAGCGAUGCAAGUUCACCACGGGAUCCGCUCAAAAGAAUGUUCGCUUCGAUGAUUUCACGAUAAGUUUGAGCAAGAGCUCGGCCUUCCAAUACCAAGUAUUCCCACAAGAUGAAAGGGACGCAGCAAUCUUGUUAAUGGCUCUAUCUUGCGGACUUAUUCGCGGCUGAUCAUUGCCGGUUCGUUUCUUCGAGUUUUUAGAGUUUUUUCUACUACUAGUGUGGUGAUUAUAUCUAUUUGUGGUGUAAGAGGAAGUACGAAGAAUAAGAAGUAAGUCGGGAAGAUGAUAAGAACUAUAAGAUUCUCUAGCUAGCUACUAAGUUUUUUUUUUUCUUUGUCUUUUGACUGAUAGUUAUGUAGCAAGAGUUUCUACCAUGUUCUUUUGUUGGUUCUGGAGUUACGAGUGUGUGGAGCAUCGAUGUGUGAUCUACUCUUUUGGCCCUAUUUUAUGUACCGGGCUUUGAUCAGUUUAUGUAUUGUCAUCAAUUGUCUCGUGUUAUUAUGUUAAUCACGAUUUGUUUUAAUUUGUUGUA